UACGCAUAUAUAGGAUUUAUAUCCGGUAUAUGCGUAAAUCGGAUUUUAUCCGUUAUAAAAAGGCACUUCCUUGACUAUGUUUCCAAUGUACCUGGACGCGCAGGCAACGCUGCAAACGCUGCAAAUGACGUCGUAUAGCGGCCUGUCACGAUUCGGCGAAUCGGAGCGCCACGAUGCGGCCAUCCGAUAUAUGCGAGGGAAAUUUAAUGGAAAUGCAUUGGAACGGGACUGGAGAUUUUGUCCAAAAUAGGCGAAAUCCGUUAUAAAAAAUUUGAUAUAUGCAAUGAAUUUUUAUUGGAAAUGCAUUACAGAAAAAUCGGUUCUUUUUUAUCUGUCCGUUGUGAGCGAAUUUCCGAUAUAUCCGAGUCCGAUAUAUCCGAGGUUUACUGUAUUGGAUAAAAGGUGAAGUGGAAUUUGUCAUUAAUUGAUUCUGGAAAUGGGCGGCACGGCGGUCGAGUGGUUUGCAUGGUCUCGCCGUGCAUGCGUGGGUUUUCUCCGGGUACUCCCACAUUCCAAAAACAUGCUAGGUUAAUUGGCGACUCCAAAUUGUCCAUAGGUAUGAAUGUGAGUGUGAAUGGUUGUUUCUAUAUGUGCACUGUGAUCGCCCGAAGACAGCUGGGAUAGGCUCCAGCACCCCCCGCGACCCUCGUGAGGAAAAAGCGGUAGAAAAUGAAUGAAUGAAUGAAUGAUUCUGGAAAUGUGCAGCAUGGAAGCGGUAUUGCAUGUACAUUACAGUUUACAGUAAAUAAUCAUGUGUUGUGUCGUGUGUGUUUUUCCUCUGUCGACAUUUAAGAAUUCCUGAAAUUUUCCAAGUAAUGUAAGAUUUACUGGUCAUCUCCAGCUCUACAAUACACACACACUGUUUUAGUAUUCCUGCAAAAAACACCUGUUGCUCACACAGGCUUAAUUUAAUGCAGAUUGUAGGGCAUCAGUUACGUCAGGAUAAUUACUGUAAUGGUCGCUUUUUUCGCCCUUUGCACGAUGAACUGUGUGUUGUCCUGCGACCCAUUCUCAUUUGUUUACCCGCCCCCCUCUAUCCAAUACACCGUGCACUUCCCCCUGGCAUGUUUGCCCUCUGGACCAGCACACAGUCCAGGACUAAAUACUCCUCCAGAACUUCUACAGCUCUCCUAUGCUUGGGAGUCCAUUGACGAGCUUGACACCUGAGAGACCAUACGCUACACGGGGGGAUGAUGGCAGGUGGACUCCUACUACUCGCAUUGAGCGUCACGGCGAUGGUGUGGGGGGCCCAGGGGCAGGUGAACAGACAGUGGAAGAAUCAAGUCUCGGGGGAUGCAACCGUUUACCUGGGCCAGCACAGAAACGCAUGGAGGCCGCUGAUGCACAUCGCCGUCAACCUCACCAAGAUAAGAGACAUUAAGUCAUCCUUUCAGCUGAGGACGUACGACCCAGAAGGAGCCAUCUUCUACGGGGACACCAAAAGCGGCAGGGACUGGUUCAUUUUGUCCCUCAAAGACGGAUUCCCUCUCAUGCAAAUCAGCCGCAGCGGGGUUCUUGUCAACGUGGCGGGGGGCCCCAAGCUCAAUGACGGGCGAUGGCACACGCUGGAGGUGAGCAACCAAGGAUAUUUUGUGAUCCUGGAGGUGGACGGCGCCAUGGGGCUAGUAGCAGGUUUGCAGUCUGAUAACAUAGAGGAGGUCAUCUCAGGGGAUCUCAGACUGGCGCUUGGCGGGAUCCUGAUACCCAAGGAGAGGAUGUUGGUUCAGUUUGAGCCGCAGAUGGACGCUUGUGUGCGGGGGGGCAGCUGGCUGAACCUGAGCAUCCCCUGGGAGACGGAGGCCGAGGAGCUCUGGCCGUGCUAUCAAAACAUCCGACCUGGAAGCUUCUUCCCCGGAAGUGGUCUCGUCAUUGUCAACACCUCAGGUGGGGGGCACACGGUUUUGCAGAUUGCUGAUUCACACAGUGUGAAGAUUGAAUUAUGGGGAGAAUUCACUAAAAUGGAUGGUGCGAUUCUCAGUAUAAGGACUCCCGGCCUGGCGCCGAUGUUCACUUUAGUAGCUGAUAAUACCACAAAGGAAGUAACACUCUCCUUCAGUGGUCAUAAAAUGAGUCUCAAGGAAAACUUCAGCAGACUACAGAUGACCUUUGGGACUGAUUUGCUGGAAGUACUGCAUGAUGGAGCUGACUCAAAGGUCACGAAGAAGCUCCUCACUCCACUAAGGCAUUCAGGUCUUUUGAGCACAUUGAGAGAAAGCCACAUUGCCAUUGGAGGCCUUCUCGGUAAAGAUGACAUGGGCUCCUUCUUGAGAGGCUGUCUGGAGAAGAUCCAAGUCCAAGGAAAGGAUGUUGACCUAGAUCUGACAUUUAAAGACAUGUCCAUUUCCUCCCACAGCUGCCCUGUGUAAACCACAGCAUCAGGCGUUCAUUGUACAAACUGGCCUUGUAUAUGUGUGUCACAAUUACAUUAAUCCUAAUGAAAGAGAGCCAGAAUAUCGCAAUAUUAAGUCAUGCAUGUUUCCUAGGCUCAAAAAUGUAAACAAUAUACAACAAUUCUGCACAAUAAAAUUAUUAAAUGUUGAUUUAAUGUGACAA